AUGCCACCGGUUCAGAACAUACAACAUAAGAAAUCUAACCUUAAGAGCACCGUUGGAGUUGUCACCGGACUCAUGUUUGGUGGAAUGACCAUCUUAAGGCAUGGUGCACCUAACGGAGUGAUGAACACGCUGGGCCAGUACAUCCUUGGUUCAGCAGCCACCUUUGGACUAUUCAUGUCAAUUGGAUCUGUGAUCAGAUCGGAGAGCGCUUACGACGUCGCGGUGAGUCGGCCAGGGUCUCUAGCCGAGCUCAAGGCGCAAAUGAUGGCUAGACAUCUGGUCAAUAUGGAACAAAAAAAGAACAAUUCUCAAUAG